AAGGAGGUGGCUGAGCAGCAUCAGGGACACCUCUCCGGACACACAACCCCCCCAGGGCUCAGCGCCUGGCAGCAAGAACACCGGGAGCUAGGGCUGAGCCUCCCCGGCACGGAGUCCCUGCUGGAGUUUCCCGGGAUGUUGGAGAGCUGUGAGCACAAGCUGUUUUCCUGAAGGAUCAGCCUGCUGAUCUGGGGCGGGAGCCUGAGUCACUCCAGCACAGCUGGUUCUGCUGGACCAGAUCAGAACAGGCAGGGUCCCAGGCCAUGCAAUGCCAGAGCUGCCUGCCCUGGAGCAGCUGGACACAGCUGCAUCGAUCCCUGCCAGGGGUCAGGGGGACCCGGAAUGUGGUGUAUCUGUGUGCUGCUUCAGUGCCAGGUGCUGCAGGCAGCUACUUCCUCAGGAAGAUCCUUGGCACAAGCAGCAUCUCCCUCCCCAGCCCAACUCCUCUGCCUUGCCGUGGGUUUGCUUGGGAUGCACAGCACAUGGCUUCCUCACCUGCCUUCAGUUCCCAGCCAUGCCCCUGCCCCAGCCCUGUGUGCUCCCUUGGUGUGGGGUAUGGAAGGGGGGCUGUGCUCGCUACCAGGGAGGCUCCCAGAGGCACUCUGUCCAGCCCAGCUCCCCUCGCCAUGGGCUGUCCCAGCUGAGAAACAUGGCCUAUUCUGAUGCCAUCAAGAAACACCAGGAGCGCCUGUCCGCCUGGUUCAGCCACCAGCCCAAUGAAGAGAGGCAGUUUGGCCCUUCUUUCUCACUGGAUGCUGUCCACGUGGACCCAGUGAUCCGGGAGAGCUCCCUGGAGGAGGUCCUGAAGCCCUCACCUGACCUAACCAUCCAGAAUCAGCUCCAGCAGCCCUCCAGCCAGGUGAUCACCCUCCAGAACCUUUUUGACGUGGAUGCCUGCGGGCGGCAGGUGAAGAACGUGGUUCUGUAUGGCACCGUGGGCACGGGGAAGAGCACCCUCAUCAAGAAGAUGGUGGUGGACUGGUGCCACGGUCUCCUACCCCGCUUUGAGCUGGUCAUCCCCUUCUCCUGUGAGGAUCUGUCCCAUAGCCAAGCUCCCAUUUCCCUGCGGCGCCUGAUAACCAAGAAGUACCAACACCUCCGGGACGUGGUGCCGGUGCUGGGGGCUUCCAACCUCAAGGUGCUCUUCAUCCUCAAUGGCCUGGAACGCCUCAACUUGGACUUUCGUCUGGCUGGCACAGAGCUGUGCUGUGACCCCAACGAGGCCGUGCCUGCCUCUGCCAUCGUGGUCAACCUGCUGCGAAAAUACCUCCUGCCAGAGGCCAGCAUCAUCGUCACCACGCGCCCAUCGGCGGUGCGCCGGAUCCCCGGGAAGUACGUGGGCCGCUAUGCUGAGAUCUGUGGCUUCUCUGACACCAACCUGCAGAAGCUGUACUUCCAGAUGCGCCUCAGCCAGCCCGGCUGCAGUGGAGAGGGCAGCGUGGGCAGAACCUCAGGCGAGAGGGAAAACUUGGUGGAGAUGCUGUCGAGGAACCUGGAGCGCCACAACCAAAUCGCCGCCGCCUGCUUCUUGCCCUCGUACUGCUGGCUGGUGUGCACCACGCUGCACUUCCUCUACUUCACCAGGACGGUGCCUCCCAGCCAGACCCUGACUGGCAUCUACACCAGCUUCCUGAGGCUCAACUUCAGCGGGGAGGUUCUGGACAGCACCGACCCCAGCAACAUCUCCAUGAUGAAGUACGUGGCCAAGAUGGUGGGCAAGCUGGCCUACGAAGGGGUGAUGUCCCGCAAGACCAGCUUCUCAGAGGAUGACCUGCAGCAGUGCUUCGAGGUGGAGAUGAAGACUGAAAGCGAGCUCAACCUCCUGGAGGUCUUCCGCAGCGACGUCUUCCGCUUCUUCCUCACUCCGUGUGUGCAGCCAGGCAAGGAGCACACCUUUGUCUUCACCAUCCCUGCCAUGCAGGAGUACCUGGCAGCCCUGUACGUGGUGCUGGGUGAGAAGAAGACCCUGGCACAGAGAGUGGGGAAGGAGCUGUCAGAAGUCAUCGGGAAGGUGAGCGAAGACCUCGCUGUUGUUCUGAGCAUCAUCUCCAAGGUGCUGCCCUUGCGCUUCCUGCCCGUGCUUUUCAACCUCCUCAAAAUCUUCCCUGGCUACUUCUCCCGGAUGGGCAGUAAGGACCGGGGUGCUAUCGCUCACACCAUGGCAGAGGAGCUGUUCAAAGAGGAGGACUACUACAAUGAUGAUGUCUUGGACCAGAUCAACUCCAGCAUCCUGGGUGUGGAGGGCCCCAUGCGUCACCCUGAUGAGGCUCCCGACGAUGAGGUCUUCGAGCUCUUCCCCAUCUUCAUGGGUGGCAUCCUCUCACGCCGUAACCGUGCCAUCCUCGAGCAGCUGGGCUGCUCCAUCAAGAACCUGGCGGCCUUUGAGAUUGCCAAGGCCAUGAAGAAGACAGUCAUCAGGAAGAGCAGGAAGGGGCUGCCCCCCUCAGAGCUGCUGGACUACCUCUUCUUCCUCCACGAGUUCCAGAACGAGCGCUUCACAGCCGAGGCCAUCCGCUCCCUCCGAGCUGUCAACCUCUCAUCCGUCAGGAUGACCCCCCUCAAGUGUGCUGUCCUGGCCUCUGUCAUGGGGAGCACAAGCCACGAGGUGGAAGAGCUGAACCUGACCUCCUGCAACCUUGAUGCAAACAGCUUGAGGAUCCUCUUUCCUGUCCUGCUGCGAUGCAAAGCCCUCCAUCUGCAGCUCAACAGCCUGGGCUCUGAUGCCUGCAAGGAGAUCCGUGACCUGCUCCUGCAUGAGAAGUGUGUGGUGAGCAACCUGCGGCUGGCAAAUAACCCCGUGGGUGAGCAGGGAGCACAGUACUUGGCUGAGGCACUGGCAGGCAACCACUCGCUGACCCAUUUGUCCCUCCUGCACACUGCUCUGGGGGACCGGGGUGCUGAGGUCAUUGCUCAGCACCUGGUAGAGAACCAGCACCUCCAGGAGCUCAACUUGGGCUACAACUCCCUGACAGACACAGCAGCCCUGCACGUGGUGGAGGUGGCUAAAAAGCACACGAAGCUGGACAAAGUACAGACCUGGAGAGCAGCCGGAGACAGACUGCCAACCCCUGGAGGAAAGCCAAGUUCCUACGGGUUGAGAGCGAGGUCAAGAAAAUGCUGGGGAAGCUGCAGGAUGGGACCCUCUAAGCUGCUGUCCAUCCAGAUGGUCAGAGAGGUGGAGGAAACACUGGAAUGUGCCCUACAGCACAUCCACUGCACCUUUAUCCAGCUGGAGAUGCCCAGUGGUUGGGUGCUACCAAGGCUGUCCCAGGUGCUGGAUACGUGGACAAGGCUGAACUGUCCAGAGACCAGCCCAGGAGCAAAUGGGACUUGUUCUGGGCUUGUAAAAACCCAGCCCCUGCACACUUGCCUGCUGCUGGCCCAGCCACUAUCCACAGCAGUGGCAGAGGAGCAGAACUCAGGCUUGGUUAUGAAACCUUUGGUAGCAUUAAAGUGCUCUGCUUUGUUUCCACUGAAGCACACUCCUGCCUGGACUCCACCUCCUCUCCAGAGCCAUCACUGGGGAGGAAUGCAGAGGUGCUGGUGCUGCUGUCCCUCCAGCAGAUGGAGUGGGGAGCUCUGGCCCUUUCCCACCUGUCAGGGCUAGGAUGGAGCAGCCCACUUCU